CCCAGCGAGACUACGCACAUACAGACGCCGACGAGGACUUUUGACAAGCCCUCUACUCGCCUUGACACUCGCAAUCGAAUCUGUCGCUUAAGUUGCUUACACUUGAUUCAGCAAUGGACGGCGCUUCGUACUCCUCUGGCUCUUCGAGCUCAAGCGACGCGGGCUCGCCACCAAUGAAUGUACCCUCGACCGACCUCGAGACGAUGGCAAAGCGAUAUCAUGACAAUUUGUUCAAAUACACGCACGAACAAUGGCAAGUCACCGAAAAGAAGCGCCUAAGAAGAGAACAGGCGGCUCAACACGCGGACGAAAUGUCUGCAUAAGGCGGCGCGUCGCAAAAUUAAAGCCUGAUCCUUCGAGUCCAGACGAGUGUGAUCAGGCACUAGCACGCAUUUGAUCUGGACGCGCAGUCGACCUGAUUUGCGUCGGCGGCAUGUACGUAUAAAUACCAGCUCACAAUCAUUACAAGCAUGAGCAAACUUCCCCCUUUGCGAAUUACAUGCGUCUCUGUCGUUGUAACAACACCGAGCAGUAUCCAGCGAUCACCAAGCACCACCGCGGAUCCUCUGCGAUGUCAUACAGUAAAAUCAAAGACAACGAUCCCUUCACUUCCCGCAGGCAACGACUUGCCGGCAGCAAACAGAAAUAGACACGCAUAGGACAUGCUUAUGAGUCAUCAUUCAGCAUGUCGAAUACGAUCAAUCGCUCACCCCGCGCCUGUAGCAACUCAGGACUCACGAGGCUUCGUUGUAGCCCUUUUCUCGUUGCAUCAAUUUGCCUCCAUUCUCAGCGGACUAUACCUGCAUUUAAUUUCCAU